CUCAGUUUUUUUGAUGUGUACCUGAACGCACCAUGACACUGGCAGCUAGCCUAGCCGAGCUAACUUGGCUAAUCUGAUUUAUGGUCUCAGUUGGGCACACGAAACGUUUGCCAAGGUUACCCAUUUUUUGUUUCCUAUAUAUCCACUCCGUAUCGCGAUAUCCACGUAAAAUAAUUGAGUCUUUCAUUUCAAGAAUGGCGUCACUCGGAGAACCUGUGCGGCUGGAAAGAGAUAUCAACCGUGCGAUUGAGCUGCUCGAUAAGCUGCAGAGGACGGGGGAAGUUCCUCCUCAGAAGCUGCAGGCGCUGCAGAGGGUCUUGCAGAGUGAAUUUUGUAAUGCUGUCAGAGAAGUUUAUGAGCAUGUGUAUGAAACGGUGGAUAUCAACAGCAGUCCUGAGGUCAGAGCCAACGCCACUGCAAAGGCUACAGUGGCAGCAUUUGCAGCCAGUGAGGGACACUCACAUCCUCGUGUGGUGGAACUGCCCAAAACAGAAGAAGGUCUGGGUUUCAAUAUAAUGGGUGGAAAGGAGCAGAACUCGCCUAUUUACAUCUCACGGAUCAUCCCAGGAGGCAUCGCCGACCGCCACGGAGGCCUGAAAAGAGGCGACCAGCUUCUCUCUGUUAACGGAGUGAGUGUGGAGGGUGAGCACCACGAGAAGGCUGUGGAGCUCCUCAAAGCAGCUCAGGGCACAGUGAAGCUGGUAGUGAGGUACACCCCCAAAGUUCUCGAGGAGAUGGAGUCACGCUUUGAGAAGAUGAGGUCGGCAAAGCGUCGGCAACAGAACAACUAUCCUCAGUAGGAUUUAUUGUUUCCAUGUUGAUGUCUCCUCCUUUACUCAUCUGUUCUAGUCUCUUUCUUUCUUCUCCUCCCACACCAAUAGUCCAUGAUUUUAGUUUUAUCUACUAAUAACACGUGUUUUUGUGAUUCUUCUCGAGCAUUUUGAAUAUUCCUCAUUGUUCCCGACACUAAGCUCAGAUAAAACUAUGAUAACGAUUGAUUGUGAGCCUGAAGCACGCCGUGUGCUUCAUUUUUCAUUUGACGAGUUGAAUGAACUUUGAGGACCUUUGGGACAAACUGUAUUAGUCUUUUAGACAGAAAAGGUAAUGUUUUAUUUGUUUUAUCAAAGUGCCUGAGGGCAAGCACGUUCAUCUCACGUACUCUUAACUGACUUUGUUUUCUGCAACAGUUUAACAUCAAGUAGUGGGGAUUAAAUGCUUACAACAGGAUUUACUGCACGCUUUGUGUCUGUUAGUGUGAAUAUGUGUAGCCAUGAUGUGUAAACCCUGGAGGAGCUGCUCAACAAACCUACUGGAAGGUGACCUCUAACAAAGCUGGUGUUAUUUUAAGACGUUCUCUUUUGAGUUUGCUGGUGUCAUCGUGCACUAUAAAAA